CAAAAUUUCAACUGCCCGUCUUCACUGCACGUCUUUUUAUCAUGGUGGCCAAGGCUUUUCAGGUCGGGAUUAUUGCCGGCAGUCAGCGGCCGAUCCAAGUCGGCAGUCAAAUCACAGAUUGGGUCCAGGGAAUCAUCGAGAGGCAUCUGGGCAACAACAGCAACAUCGGAUUGCGCCGCAUUAAUGUCAAAGACGUCAACUGCUCUGUAUAUGACGAACCUUAUCCACCAAUUCAGAUCACCAGUUCCGACCAGUACACAAAAGACACCACGAAGGCUUGGUCAAGGAUUGUUGCCCCUCUGGACGCAUUCGUUAUUGUUACACCUGAGUACAACCUCAACGUUCCGGCCGGCCUGAAAAAUGCAAUUGACCUACUCUACUUUGAAUGGACCAAAAAGCCGUUUUUUAUCGUUAGUUAUGGAGGCGUGGGCGGAACAUUUUCCUACGAAAACUUGAAGCGGUCCUUAAGCCUCGCUAUCAAGGCUCGUGUCGUGGAGAACGGGGUAAACCUGGCUUUUGGUCCAGCCGAGAAUGGGAUUGCCCCGAAGGCAUUGACAGGGCAGGACUUAGGCUUGUCUCUGACUGCAGAUAACACGUUGUGGGUGGAUAAGAGGGAUGACAUAAAGAAGGGUUGGGAAGAGUUAGUCAGCUUGUUGAACACAAAGCCAACGGAAUAGCCGAGUCAAUGCCGUGCCGGACAAUCUUUACAAUCAUUACAUUCUUUGCACUCGUU